AUGGAGGUCACAGCUGUCUGCCUCUCACUGGUGAUGAAUGUGUUGAUGCUGCUGGUUGCACAAAUUCAGCGUGGCUGUUUUGCUCAGAACAGCGAUGCAGCUCUUCUUCACAUUGAUCCAAACAGACUGCAGCUCUUUCAAUACGAGGCUGCCUCUUUAAAUUGUGAGGGGGUUGAUGGCUCUACUGGAUGGAGAGUGAUGAGGAAGAUGAAGAGAACAAUUAAACCAUGCAGCACAAACUGGGAAACGUCAAGAGAGUCCUCGUGUUCCAUAAAAAAUGCCUAUGCUGCUGACAAUGGGGAAUACUGGUGUGAGAACGAAAGGGGAGAGAGAAGCAACGUUGUCAACAUCACUGUCACAGCUGGUUCUGUGGUCCUCGUGAGUCCUGUUCUUCCUGUGACGGAGGGAAGUGAUGUCACUCUGCGCUGUGAAACCCAGACGACUCCCUCCAACCUCACAGCGGAUUUCUAUAAAGACGGCUUCCUCUUUGGGAACGGCUCCACAGGAGAGAUGACCAUCCACAGUGUCUCCAAGUCUGAUGAAGGUUUCUACAAGUGCAGCAUCUCUGACUCUGAGGAAUCACCCGAGAGCUGGCUGGCUGUCAGAGCCCUUCACCAAGAGCCACAUCCUUUACCAUGGGUGCUUGUCACUGCUGUCGUUGCACUGCCGGCUCUGCUGCUGCUGCUGCUGCUGGUCGGCCUGGUGGUGCUGCUGCGCUUAGGGAAACACAAAGGCUCUGGAGAGACCAGUGAUGCUAAUCCACAACAGGCAACGUAUGCUGUCAUCACAAUCAAGAACAGAGCAGAACCAGGAGCGAGAACACCUGCCCCACCGGUGACCCACCCAUGCCCAACAGAGGAGAACGCUCUGUAUUCAGCUAUUUCACUCAAAACAAGUAAAAAAUCACAGUCAAACUGAUUUUCUCCAACCGCUUUUAUGGCAUCUCUGUUUUGUAAAAGUGUAUGAAGGAGAGAGAGGCAGAGAAGAGGUGACUUGCACAUGUGAGAAAUCAAAUGUGGCCAAAUGUUUUAUCUGUCAGCACUAAACAACAUCAUAAUUUCUUAAAAUAUAAGUAAAAUAUACAUAGGCCUGGUUCUUGUGCUGCUCCAGAUGAGAAAGCUGGUCAUCAGGUUUUUCCAAAUGAUAUUAGUCUUGUUACCUUCCAAUAAGGCAGAUCACACAUUUGAAUCUAUCUGGCCCCAUUUGUUGUUUGUUUAUUGUUUUUCACUUGUACAUAAGAAUUUAAGGCUGAAUUGAAGCUUACCACUGGUACCACUAAAUAAAUUUUCCAUCCAUGCUGAUGUUUUUUAACUUUUUGAACAGUUGUAUCUUCUUUGUAUUUUUAAUGCUGUUUGUGCAUGGGUAGAAAUGGAAAAAAAAAAUCACAUUCAGUGUAAAUUAUUGUAAAUGUUAUAAGCAGUAGCUGAAAUCUCAUACAUUACAAAAUAAACCUUUGUAGGCUAAGCAUCAAUAACAGAAACAGUUGCAUCAGAAAGUGGCCGGUCGUGUGUCACAUCUGUCACAAACACACACAUGCGCACACACACACACACACACAAAUCCUGCAGCAAUCAUUGUUAAAGCAAAGUAAGAGCCUUUUCUUUUUUUUACUCCACAUUUUUUUUAUUUGUACAACAAUGUCAGACCACCUGAAAUUAACCAGUCAAAUUAUAGCAAAGCAUUUUUUAUAUUCUGAGGGUUUUUUUUAUAUUGUUUGUAUAUCUGCUACAUGUAGUAAAAGUCUCCUGUUUGUCUCCAGAUUUUUUAUAAAUGCUGUUACUUACAACCACUAGUUGUAAUGUUUUGUAUAUUCCUGUUCAAAUACUGUAGAAUAUGUGUUUCAUAUUCAGAGCAAAAUUGAAUUGAAUUGAAUCCAGACUCCUGCAUUU